AUGAAUGCAGGUACAAGAAUAGCCCUAGAUUUCUAUCAAUGGGACAUUCUACUAAAAGUUGUUGCAUACACGGGAAUCAACAACAUCACUCAACUUCUUUCCCCUGAAAACCGACUAUUCCUUGAGCAGAAUAAACAUUUGAAACGAGCUAUAAAUCAUGUCAUUGGUAAUAAAGUAGAUCUUCAGUACAAUAACAGAAUAGAUAGGUACUCCUUCUUGCACAUGUAUUUAAGAACGCCAAACUGUAUCGACAAGUCGAUAUUGAAAUUUCUCCCCAGUGAACAGGAGUUUCUCAACCUAUAUGACUAUUGUGUGAACGAGAAUGUAUCAGCCAUCUUGAACAUAUCAUACUAUAUGUGGACAUCUAAUGACUUGGUCUGUUUUACAGAUUUAGUAGCCAAGUUGAAAACAGGCCCUAUUCAAUUCAACAUUGAACUCGAAUUUGACCCCGGUUUCCAGUACCAUUUUAAUGGUUUGCGAUUUUUGCACUCACUUGAAAGUAUUGGCAACAAAAUUAAUGCUCUCGUCAUUGACCAAUGUGCUGAGUCUUUUGCAUUGGAUAUGAAGCUGUACCCCAAUAUGGAAAGUUUGAACUUGUAUUUUUGCCCUUUUGCUUCGAUUGACAAUUUAACUCACCUGAAGCUUAAGCUGUUGGUGUUUGAAUUCAAUGGUGCAGAACAUGCAAAGCACCUACUUGACGGAUUACCUCCAACUUUAAAAAUUUUUCAAGCAAAUGUUCAUACAGUGUUUUUGAUUUUGGAAAGACUCAAUGCUGGGGAAUUACGAUUACCUCAGCUAGAGGCGGUGAUUUAUUGGAAUGAGAGACGAAAACAGUUGCUGGUGCCGAUAGAGUUCCUCAAACGUGCUAUAUCUGCUUCUACAAAGCACCUUGAAUUCAAAAGCUAUAUUUAUACUCCGGGAAUUUCAAGAGAGGUAACAUCAUUGUUGGAAAGUGCUUCCGCAGAAGGCUUGACGUUGGAGCUGCUAUCGCUCAACUUUGGCUUGAAUGCGCCAUUGAGUAUCUACCCAAUGACAAGCCUAACAAUCACCAAAAUGAACCAACCAGACAUUCUCUUCGAGUUGCAAUAUCCACCCACCUUAAAAAGGCUCGACUUGUCAAACAACUCAAUUGAAGAUUUAUCACCAAUCACUAUGCUUCUCCCACCCGGACUUGAAUUUCUCAGUUUUGAACACAAUCCAAUCAGCUGGAGCACAUAUCUACCCAACUUUGCAAAGUUUGCCAACCUCAAGUACCUCAGGUUGAUGAAUACGCACAUUGGCAAACAUUUUCAACGGUUUCAAUUCCCUGACUCCUUGGAGAUUUUAUCACUCGAAGUAAAUCAAAUAGAAUCAAUCGAUCAGGUAAAGUUUCCCAAAAGCUUGGUCAAUUUAGGCAUUGGGUCAAACAAGAUAAAAGUUGUUUACAAGCCAAAGUUUCCACCAACAAUCAAGACUAUCCACUUUACUGAGAAUAACAUUUCCAAAGUUGAUCUUGCCACCAAUCAUAUCGGCCAACCGUUGCAAAUCAAAACUUUGUAUUUAGACUACAAUAAAAUCACGAGUAUGAGUAAUGUCAAGUUACCGCUGAACCUAAUCAUACUCAAUUUUGACAAUUGUUGCAUCCACACAUUGCUGGACAUUGAAUUUGGUAAAACAAUUGAAGAGUUGAGUUUCAGUGGGUGUGAGAUUAGAGAAAUGAGAAAUAUAAUAUUUGAAAGUGAAUCUAAAUUAAAGUACCUUUGCUUGUCGGAUAACCAACUCAAGACAAUUGGUUUUGAGCCGCCACAAUCUGUCAUCAACAUUAACCUUUCUUUGAACAAGAUUGCUAAGAUUCCCCAUCAACUCGCCAAUUUGCAUAACUUAAAGUACUUGAAUCUUGCCCAGAAUAGACUUCGAACAGCCACAUUUCUGUUUCACACGACCACUUUAUCAGUAUUGGAUCUCUCGUUUAAUAGCAUCCAUAAGAUUCAGUUGUCAUUUCCAAGAAACACCAACACCAACUUAAGACUGGUUAAUUUAUGCACAAAUGAGCUUUCUCAAUUCUCCAUUAAAUCAAUAGGACAUGAUCAAAGCAGAGGCACCAUACAUGGCAAGCUAUUUGAAAUUGAUUUGUCGGUGAAUCCCAUAACAAAAGAGGAUAUGGACGCUUUAAUAAAAGAGAUCCCAUCAUCGGUUCAUUGCUUGUGGUACUUCAGAGAAGCGAAGCUAGACUCGGCUCUUGGUCAUGAGCUUAAACUUAUACAUGCAGGCCUAUCACUAGCUACCAUCUCCCAAGCAAGACAGUUCCAUUUAGAUACGGGGUCCAAUGCAGUAUGCUUCGAAAUAUCAAAUCCAACAACGAUUGAGAUUACAAAAACUUUAGGAACAGAGCCACUUCCAUUAGCAUUAUUUGAGUAUAGCCACCGGAAUUCACUUCAAGGUUUACCCAAUUUUGAUUUCUUAACAACGGAUGCGAAAUUGGAUGAGUAUUUUGAAUUUGGAAAAUUUACUUUCGUCGUAGAGGAUCCCUCUCAUGCAUUUAAUGAGAUCUUGGAAGAGAGUUUGAAAUUCGAUGUUACGCCCAGUGUAUGGUGUCUAUACACACCAAAGAUACUGGUUUAUGAGUACAAGGUUAGCAUUGAUGAACCGGGUUAUUAUGAAAAAUACGAUGAUAUUUGGUGGUUAGUUGUGAAUGCAUCGGUCAGCUUAUUUUUUGCGCGAUUGUUCAACAUUGGCUCAAACCCACCCAUAUUAUUCAAAGCGCAGGUGCACCUACAAUUGAUUAAAGUGGUGGUGUUUUCACUAACCACGCUAUUGGUAUUUUUUAACCUAGACAUUGCCAAAUAUGCCAAUUUUAUCUCUGCAAGCUUGGAUGAUGUGUUUACCGUGUUGUUCCUUCUGGGAUACGGACUCACCUAUGAUAGCCAACAGGGACGUAGCAUAAAAAAGAUUGCAUUUAUAACUUUACUUUGUGUUAUACCUGCCUUUGGGAUUAGGUAUUUUGACUUGAAAACCAACAUCCAGUACAUUUUGAUUAAUAACCAGCACUACAACGUUGUACAAGGAGUGUUGGGUCCAGAAAUAUACGAUGGUCUUGACAGAGUAGCAAGAUUAAUGUGGAAAGGCACGGUCAAUAGUUUAAGCGGACCCGUGACUUUCCUCUUUGCAACUUCCAAGAUUGUAAAGAUUUCUGCCUAUAUUUAUACCAUGCGCAAAACAUUGAAACAGAUAUCAGCGGGAAAUCCAACUACAAGACCAUACUAUAUCUGGUCGAUUGUCAUCUGGCUAUUUCUUUGGCUGUUGGUGAGUGCUGGUAUGGCACCAGACAUGUUUUACAAUUAUACAAAAGUCACCAACUAUGCAAAAGUGUUGAACGAGUUCAUAAUUUCGUUUAAACGAAGACGGUUUAUUACUUUUAUGUGGGAUGAGUCACAUUGGAUUGUAUUUUGGUUGAUUUGGUAUUCAUGCAAGGGCUUGAUGGUGGAGAGAAAGGUGAAUAUUAAAGAGCAAGUAGAUUAA